AUUAUACAUAGUGCAUUAGCCCAUACGUGAAAUAAACUAACCAUUUGAAACAAACUUCUAUUUUUAGUGUUAAAAAGAUUUUAUUUCAUCUAUAAAUAUUCAUUAAAAUUAUGCUCCUUUUAGAAGUAAACAUGUGAAAAUAAAAAACAAUAGAAAAAGAAAAUGAAUAAUUUUUACAAACAAUCAGUUCCAUAAAAAUAAAUUCAUACCAUAUGAACCGUAUCAAGAUAAUUGAAAAUAAUUAAAAUUUUUGGUUAAUUUUAAGGCACAGAAACAAUAUCAAAAAAGAUUGAUUUCAUAUUGUAAUCGCACAUAAAACUAAAAUUACUUUGGGGAAUAAUCAAAAUUUUAAUUGAUUGGCGCAGAUUAAAUUGAUCUCCUGAACAGAAUUAAAAUUAAAAAAAAAAAAAAAAUAGAAUUACAAUUCUAUUAAUUUUUAAAUUAAUUUUUUUUUUAUUUCAAUAAAACAAAUUAUUUUUUUUCAUUCUGCCUAAUUAAUAUAUAGGCACAAAAUGGCUUUUCGAGCUAAAAGUAUAUUAACAGUAUGCUUGUUCUGUUUAUUACAUGCAGAUCAUUUAGCAUGCCAACAACAUGGUGAUUCAAAUGAUAUAGAAAUAUCUAAUAUGCCACCUAUAUAUUUAAAUUAUGAUCAUACAAAAAAUGAUAUGAACUUUAAUACAUUAGUUAAUCAAAAUAACUAUAAAACAAAGAAUAAAAAUAAUAAUGAUCAUAGUUACAAUAAUAAUAAUGAUAAUAAAAAAGAACAAUUAACAAUAAAAGAUCUCGAAAAUCAUCCUAGAUUUCAACAAAAUUCAUAUGAUAAUUUAGAUUCAAAAUAUACAGAUAAUAAUAAUAAUAAGAAUAAUAAGAAUAAUUAUAAUUAUUAUAAUAAUAUAUAUGAUAUAAAUAAUCCAUAUAGAAAACGAACACCAAAUAGUUAUAUUAAAUUAAUAAAACCAGAUAAUUUAAUAAGACAACGUAGGCAUGCUGGACAUGAUCAUGAUAAUGAAGAUAAUGAUAAUAUAGAUAUAUCACCAAUAACAAAAGAAUUUAUUAAAAAAAUAUUUUUAAAUUAUGGUGAAAAAGGACGUGAAAUGAAUUUAAAAGAUUUUGAAAUAAUGAUGGAUACAUUAAAUUUAACAAAAUUAAAAUAUAAUAAUAUUACAAUUAAUUCAAUUGAUAAUAAUAAUAAUAAUAAUAAUGAUAAUGAAUGUUCUAGUAUUAAUCAUUUAUUUGAAAAAUUAUAUCCAGAAGUAAAAGAAAAUCUUCAAAAUGAAUAUAAUGAAUUAGUUAGAGAAAAUCCAGAAUUAGCAAAACAAUAUCAAGUAGCAGAUCCAGUUUAUAAAUUAACUAAAAAUAAUAUACAUUCAAUGUGUCCAAUUAUAUUAUAUCAAUUAUUAUCACCAAAUUUAAAUGAAAAACAAGGCUGUAUACAAAAUAAAAAUUUAAAUGUUAUUGAAACCAAACAUACACAUCCAGAAGUUUAUGAAAAAGAUCACUUUUUAAUUUGGACUUAUUCAACAUUGGCUGUUGUAAUAUGUGGACUUUUAGGAUUGGUUGGAAUUGCAAUAAUUCCAUUUAUGAAUACAAAAUUUUAUCAACAAAUUUUAUCAUUUUUAGUUGCUUUAGCUAUAGGUACAAUGACUGGAGAUGCUUUAUUGCAUUUAAUACCACAUUCUGUAAUAUGCGCUACCGAAGAACAAAUGGUACGCAAAGGAUUGGUAUGUGUUUCUGGUAUAAUCGGUUUUUAUUUGGUAGAAAAUAGUUUUACAUUAAUAUCAGAAUAUCGUAAAAAAAGUCGAAGGAAAGCUAAUUCAAAUAGAAGUGUUCCAGUUUUUCGUGAACAAGGUAAGACUGCUAAUCAUACUGAAGAUGGUGCUGGUGAUAAACUUUGUAAAAGUAAAUAUAGUACUGAUUAUUGCUAUGAUGAAGUAACAGGAGAAAAUAAAGAUGAUAUUGGACAACAGAAUUCACAUCAAGAAAAUCGUGGUGAUGGAGUACAUGUAAAUCAUGAAAAUGAUAGACCACUUCCAGUUUCAGUAAUAUUAAGAGAACAUGAUCAUACACAUCAUGGACAUGCACAUAAACAUGGUCAUGUUCAUUCACCACCAUCAACAAUAAGUGCUGUAGCAUGGAUGAUUAUUUUAGGUGAUGGUUUACAUAAUUUCACAGAUGGGAUGGCAAUUGGUGCUGCAUUUUCUGAAUCUAUACCUGGAGGAUUUUCAACAUCUUUGGCUGUAUUUUGUCAUGAGCUUCCACAUGAAUUAGGUGAUUUUGCAAUUUUAAUUAAAGCUGGUAUGACACCAAAAGCUGCUGUUGCCUAUAACUGUUUAACAGCAAUUUUAAGUUUUGUUGGAAUGAUUUUUGGUAUUGUUUUCGGUGAAAAUGAUGAUGCAUCUCGUUGGAUGUUUUCAGUUGCUGCCGGUCUUUUUAUUUAUAUUGCUUUAGUAGAUAUGAUGCCUGAAAUGACAUCAGCUCAUAAUACUGUACAACAAAUUUUCUUACAAUUAUUGGGUUUAGUUGGAGGAUUAAUGUCUAUGCUAUUAAUUGCAAUAUAUGAACAUGAAUUAAUGAAUAUAUUUGGUGGACAUAAUCAUAGCCAUGCUUGUCCUAGUAAUGGCCAUAGUCAUGGUGGAGGACAUGGACACAGUCAUUAAACUUAAAAUUUUUUUUUUUUUAAUUUGAAAGAAGCUAAUUUAAAAAGAAAGAAUAAACAAAAUAUGCAAAUGUACAAUAACAAUAUAUAUUAUAUUAAAAUAAAUAUUUAAUUGUACUUAAUAUGUAUAAGCGUAUUUUUAAAGUAGGGUAAAUGCAAGACCAUAUUUUUGUAAAAAAAAAAAAUGUAUGCAAUGUUCUAUAUACAGUUUUGCACAAAACAACGAAUUGAAUAAAAAAUAAAUUAAAAUUCGAUUUAUAAUUAAAUAAAUAUAUAAUCAAUUAGAUUUUUCAUGUUAUUUUAAUUCAGAAAGUAAAAUAUUUUAAUAAUUUCUCUGCAUUUUUGUCAAAAUUAUUUGUAGUUUGAGUAAAAAAAAAAAAAAAAAUUAUUAAAUUUCAUUGUUUAAUUUUAUUAGAUAUUUAAAAACAAGUUUCUCAAUAUAAUUUACAAAAUUAAAUCUCAUAACAUAUUAUUAUAAGAUUUCUAAAUUAAUUUAAUUUUUGUUUUUAAUGUCUUGCAUUAUUGACUUACCAAUUUUUACAUAAUAUACAUAUUGUAAAUAACAUUAAAUUUUAUCGUUUUAAUAUAAUAAUAGGCUCGCA